AUUUGAGAAUUGGUAAAUGCCACAGUCACUCCUGACGAGUCAUACCAGUGUGUAUGUUCGUGAGAGUGCUGAUAACGACGAAUUUAAUAUUUUGUUUCGUGAAAUAGUGAACUGAAGCGGAUACUAACAUGGCCAAAAUAAGUGUGGAUUUACCAGACAUCGAGAAUUUGAUGGCCUUGCAACCAAAGGUCAGAAAAUAUGUCAAUUUGAUACCUACAGCUAUCACCAAGAAAAACAAAGAACACUGGAAGCGGAACCAAGAUAACAACUGUAAGAAGUGUCCAAGUCUGGAAAAAGACUUCACAGACAUCAAACCAACAACCCUAAGCGAGCGUGCCGCAUUGAAAGAAGCCGCGAGAUGUCUGAAAUGCGCAGAUGCCCCCUGUCAAAAAUCUUGUCCAACUCAAUUGGACAUCAAAUCAUUCAUCACAAGUAUAGCGAACAAGAAUUACUACGGAGCGGCUAAAGCCAUAUUUUCCGACAACCCUUUGGGUAUCACAUGUGGUAUGGUCUGCCCCACCAGUGACCUCUGCGUGGGUGGAUGCAAUCUUCAAGCCAGCGAAGAAGGACCAAUCAAUAUUGGAGGAUUGCAGCAGUUCGCCACUGAAGUGUUCAGUAAGAUGGGAGUCAGGCAGAUAAGAGACCCUAAAACGCCAUCACCGAAGGAUCCUAGUAGGAAGAUUGUUCUGCUAGGAGCUGGCCCAGCUUCUUUAUCCUGCGCUACCUUCUUGGGUCGUCUAGGGUACAAUAAUAUCACCAUCUAUGAGAAGGCUCAGUAUGCUGGGGGUUUGAGUUCCAGGGAAAUUCCUCAGUAUCGUCUACCGAUCGACAUAGUCAAUUUCGAGAUAAACUUGGUCAAAGAUCUUGGUGUGAAGAUUGAAUAUGGCAGAGAGCUCUCCACGAAAGACUUAACACUGGAGAAACUGCUCGAAGAUUCUGCCGCAGUGUUUGUUGGAAUAGGUCUGCCUCAACCAAAAGUAGAUCCGAUCUUCAAAGACUUGGAUGAAUCGAUGGGGUUCUUCACUUCGAAGUCCUUCCUACCAAAAGUUUCGGAGGCCAGUAAGAAGGGAUUAUGCGCUUGUAAGACCUCCAAGGAUUUACCUCAAUUGGGAGGUAACGUUAUAGUCCUUGGAGCUGGCGACACUGCAUUUGAUUGUGCAACCUCAGCACUUAGAUGCGGGGCACGAAGAGUGUUUGUGGUAUUCAGAGGUGGUUUCACUGAUAUCAGAGCUGUACCUGAAGAGGUGCAACUGGCCGUAGAGGAAAAAUGUGAACUUAUAGGUUUCCUCACGCCCCAUUCUGUCAAUGUCAAAGGUGGUAAGAUCAUAUCUGUCACCUUUGCAAGGAGGGAACAAGAUGAAAACGGACAAUGGGUGGUAGACAAGGAACAGCUCACCACACUGAAGGCAAACUAUGUGAUAACCGCUUUUGGAUCGGGAAUUGAGAGCCAAGAAAUAAAAGAUGCUUUGAGUCCUAUAAAGUUGACCAAGUGGAAUUUGCCUGAGAUAGACACCAAUACUCUAGCAACUUCUCAUCAGCAAGUAUGGUGUGGAGGAGAUCUUGUUGGAGUUGGAGGAACAACAGUAGAGGCUGUGAAUGAUGGAAAAGUAGCAGCAUGGCAAAUUCAUUGUCACCUGGAGGGAUUACCAAAAGAUACCAAACCAAAACUACCUCUUUUCUUUACCGAAAUAGAUCUUGUGGAUAUUUCCGUCGAUUUCUGUGGUAUGAAGUUUGAGAAUCCCUUCGGAUUAGCAUCUGCUCCACCAACUACCAGUACAGCGAUGAUGAGGAGGGCAUUCGAGCAAGGAUGGGCAUUUGCUGUCACAAAAACCUUCACGUUGGAGAAUGACAUUUGUACCAACGUCUCACCGAGGAUAGUCAGAGGAAUAACAUCAGGACAGAAUUUUGGACCCCAACAAGGUUCUUUCCUAAACAUAGAAGUUUUUUCGGAAAAAUACACGGAAACUUGGAUUCGUGGAAUCGCAGAACUAAAAAAAGAUUUUCCGAGCAAGAUAGUGAUCGCUAGUAUAUCGGCACCAUUCGUGAAAGAAGAUUGGUUCGCUCUUUCCUCCAGAUGUGAGAAAGCUGGGGCAGAUGCAUUAGAACUGAAUUUGUCGUGUCCACACGGUGUUGGUGAACGAGGAAUGGGAUUAGCUUGUGGUCAGAAACCAGAACUAGUGGAGGAGAUAUCUAGAUGGGUUACAACGGCUGUCAAAAUACCGGUCUUCAUAAAAGUAACACCAAACGUGACUGAUGUUGUAGCUAUCGCCAGAGCUGCUCAAAAAGGAGGUGCACAUGGAGUGGCAACUAUAAACACAGUUUCCGGACUUAUGAGUGUGACUGCAAAUGGUACACCAUGGCCAGCUGUUGGAGCUGAUAAACGGACAACUUAUGGAGGAGUCAGCGGUACAGCUACCAGGCCUGUAGGGUUAAGAGCAGUCUCAUCGAUUGCCAAAGCGCUUCCAGACCUAUGGAUUCAAGGUGUGGGAGGUGUAGAUUCUGCUGAAUCUGCUCUUCAGUUCAUACAGUGUGGUGCUGGUGUUCUGCAGGUUUGUAGUGCGGUUCAAAACCAAGACUUCACGCUCAUAGAAGACUAUUGCACUGGUCUCAAAGCUCUGUUGUACCUUGAUGGACGUCUUCCUGGUUGGGAUGGACAGAGUCCACCCACUUACAAACAUCAACUAGGAAAACCGGUGAUGGCUCUGUAUGAUUCUGAUGGCCAAAAACUACCACAUUUUGGACAAUAUAAGAAGAAGAGGGAAGAAAUACUAGCAAACAUGCACAAAGAAGGCCGUUAUGAAGAAAAAUUAGUGUUGCACCACGGUGAUCCAAACAAAGAUAUUCUGUCCUUCAAUAGUAACAAAGAGAUGAAUGGAAUCAAUGGUGUUAACUCCCCACCAAAGGUGAAAGAUGUCAUGGGUAGAGCGUUGAGUAAAAUUGGAACUUAUGGUGAAUUGGAUAACAAGAAACAAGUUGUAGCACUGAUUGAUGACGACAUGUGUAUCAACUGUGGAAAAUGCUAUAUGACCUGCAACGAUUCUGGAUACCAAGCGAUCAAAUUCGACGCAAAGACACACAUACCAAAAGUGACAGACGAUUGUACUGGAUGUACACUAUGUUUGUCAGUUUGUCCCAUUAUAGAUUGUAUAUCGAUGGUACCGAAAACAAUUCCUCAUGUGAUCAAGAGGGGUUUGAAAGGAGACCAGCCUGUAGAAUUAGUUCAUCCUUUGAAUGGCCAAGUAGUCGGAUAGAAAGUAGCAUUAAACAUAUAAAAUAUUA